CGUACAUGGUUUUUGUCAAAGAUUCGGGAUGAAUUUAAAGGUGGAAAAAUUAACGUAGAAAAAACUUACAGAUUACUUGAAAAAUUAGAUAUUCCGUGCAAUUAUAUUCAUGUGAAAUCUGUUUUCAAGGAUAAUGACAGGCUGAAGCAAGGAAGAAUCACCAUAGAAGAAUUUAGAUCAAUUUAUCGAAUUAUUGCACACAGAGAAGAAAUUAUUGAGAUUUUCAACACAUAUUCUGGAAACCAGAGAUUUCUUUUUGAAAAAAACCUGCUUCAAUUUUUGAUACAAGAACAGUAUGCACUUGACAUGACCACAAAUAUUGCUUUUGAGAUCAUUCAAAAGUAUGAGCCUAUUGAAGAAGUUAAGAGAGCACACCAGAUGUCAUUUGAAGGUUUUAUAAGAUACAUGGGUUCACCUGAAUGUCAAAUACUUAAAACUGAUUGUGGAAAAGUUUAUCAAGAUAUGAAUCAUCCAUUAAAUGAUUAUUUUAUUUCAAGUUCACAUAAUACAUACUUGGUAUCUGACCAGUUACUGGGACCAAGUGACCUUUGGGGAUAUGUAAGUGCCCUUGUGAAAGGAUGUCGCUGUCUGGAAAUUGACUGCUGGGAUGGAUCACGAAAUGAACCUGUUGUAUACCACGGUUAUACACUCACCAGCAAGCUUCUGUUUAAAACUGUCAUCCAAUCGAUACAGAAAUAUGCAUUCAUGACAUCUGACUACCCAGUGGUGCUCUCUUUAGAAAACCACUGCUCACCUUCCCAACAAGAAGUGAUAGCAGACAUUUUGCAGUCUGUUUUUGGAGAUGCCUUGCUUUCUGAUAUGCUUGAUGAUUAUCCAGACAAACUACCUUCACCAAAGGCAUUAAAAUUCAAAAUAUUAGUUAGAAACAAGAAAAUAGGAUCCUUAAGGGAAACCCGUGAAAGAAAAGGUUCUGAUAAGCAUGAAGAUGAUUCACAGAAGGAAGCAGGGGCAAUUAAUGCAGCUGGAUUACCACUUUUCAGGAGAAGGAGGGUGAGAUAGGUAAAAGUGGCUAUGGCCUUAUCUGAUCUUGUCAUUUAUACCAAAGCCGAGAAGUUCAUAAGCUUUCAGCAUUCAAGACUAUAUCAGCAAUUUAAUGAGAGUAAUUCUAUUGGGGAGUCAGAAGCCCGAAAACUUUCAAAGUUGAAAGGCCACGAGUUUAUUCUUCACACCAGCAAGUUCAUUACCAGAAUUUAUCCCAAAGCAGCAAGAGCAGACUCCUCUAAUUUUAAUCCUCAAGAAUUUUGGAAUAUAGGUUGUCAAAUGGUGGCCUUAAACUUCCAGACCCCUGGUCUGCCUAUGGAUCUUCAAAAUGGGAAAUUUUUGGAUAAUGGUUGUUCUGGAUAUAUUUUGAAACCACAUUUCCUAAGAGAUAUUAAAACAGAGUUUAAUCCAAAUGAAACACCAAAAGACAUUGAUCCAGUUACACUUACGAUAAGGCUCAUCAGUGGUAUCCAGUUACCUCCCAGUAACCAUUCAUCAUCUAACAAAGCUGACACACUAGUGGUUCUAGAAAUUUUUGGUGUUCCAAAUGAUCAUGUGAAACGGCAGACUCGUGUAAUUAAAAGAAAUGCUUUUUGUCCAAGAUGGAAUGAAACAUUCACAUUCAUUAUUCAGGUGCCAGAAUUGGCUUUGAUACGUUUUGUUGUUGAAAAUCAAGGUUUAAUAACCGGAAAUGAAUUUCUUGGCCAAUAUACUUUACCAGUUCUAUGCAUGAACAAAGGUUACCGUCGUGUUCCUUUGUUUUCCAAAAUGGGUGAGAGUCUUGAGCCUGCUGCACUGUUUAUUUAUGUGUGGUACGUCAGAUAG